GGUAACGUUCCGGAAGCGCUGCCGGACCCAGGAGGAGCCGAAACCGCGAGGAGACGGAGGGCGGCGUGGCUUCUCCGUUGGGGACGGUGAGCACGAGCCCAUUUCCCGAGGUCGUCUUAGGGGAGGAGGCCGGCUUGGAGCGCGGAUGGGAGGAUUUCCCUGUUUUACCUCAACGCGACGAAAGUCAUAAUAUCAUUUAUGAAAAUGUUGAAGAAUACUGGGCCCAAGACAACCUUGAGGUACCUCACUGCAUACUUCCCCCCAUAUAGAUGUAGUUCCAUUGAAGACUACACAGAUUUUCCCAGGUAUUGAUGUUAGCCUGAUUGGUAUAUAGUUUCCUUGAUCCAUUUUUUCCUUUUUGAAGAGUGGAACCACAUCAGCUCUUUUCCAGACCUGUGUAAUUCCUCCAUACACCAGGAGCUCUGCAACACUUUGAAAGUCUUUUUGCCCCAUUCACUUUUUCCAAGUGGGGUUUAUCCAGCAGCAACGUAAAUUUGAACAUCAUUGAAUGAAUGAUUGGAUAAUGGCAGGAAAAGUAAAGUGGGUGACUGACAUCGAGAAAUCUGUAUUAAUAAACAAUUUUGAAAAGCGAGGAUGGAUCCCAGUGUCUGAAAAUGAAGACUGGAACUUCUACUGGAUGAGCGUACAAACCAUUCGGAAUGUUUUCAGUGUAGAAACUGGUUAUCGUCUCUCUGAUGACCAGAUUGUCAAUCAUUUCCCUAACCAUUAUGAGCUGACCCGGAAGGACUUAAUGGUGAAAAAUAUUAAAAGGUACAGAAAAGAAUUGGAAAAAGAAGGCAGCCCUCUUGCGGAGAAGGAUGAAAAUGGAAAAUAUCUUUAUUUAGACUUUGUUCCUGUCACCUUUAUGCUUCCAGCUGAUUAUAAUUUAUUUGUUGAAGAAUUCCGAAAAAAUCCUUCCAGUACAUGGAUUAUGAAACCUUGUGGAAAAGCUCAAGGGAAAGGAAUUUUUCUCAUCAAUAAGCUUUCCCAAAUUAAAAAAUGGUCUCGGGACAGCAAAACAUCUACGUUUGUAUCUCAGUCCUCCAAAGAAGCGUAUGUGAUUUCCCUGUAUAUCAGUAAUCCACUUUUGAUUGGUGGGAAGAAAUUUGAUCUACGCUUAUAUGUAUUAGUAUCUACUUACCGUCCUUUGAGGUGUUAUAUGUAUAAACUUGGGUUUUGCCGAUUUUGCACAGUAAAAUAUACUCCAAGUACAAGUGAAUUGGAUAACAUGUUUGUCCAUCUUACAAAUGUUGCCAUUCAGAAACAUGGGGAUGAUUACAACCACAUUCAUGGUGGCAAAUGGACGGUCAAUAAUCUGCGUUUGUAUCUGGAAAGCACUCGAGGGAAAGAUGUCACAAACAAGCUGUUUGAUGAAAUACACUGGAUAAUUGUACAAUCAUUGAAAGCAGUUGCACCUGUGAUGAACAAUGAUAAACAUUGCUUUGAAUGCUAUGGAUAUGACAUCAUUAUCGAUGACAAGCUUAAGCCAUGGCUUAUUGAGGUUAAUGCUUCUCCAUCUCUUACUUCCAGUACUGCAAAUGACCGUAUACUCAAAUACAAUCUGAUAAAUGACACACUGAAUAUUGCUGUACCCAAUGGAGAAAUUCCUGAUUGUAAAUGGAAUAAACCGCCCCCCAAAGAAGCUCUUGGGAAUUAUGAAAUUUUAUAUGACGAAGAGGUGGCCCAAAGUGAAAUGCCAGAUCGAGAUUUGCGAAGUCGCUCUGGACAGCCUGUUGGAUGUAAGGGAAACCGAGCCAGAGAUCCUGGAAAAGCAGGAUACCUUACCUGGAAGUAGUAGAAUAAACUGAGGUGUUUUUUUUUUUUUUUGAAAUUCUGUGUGGAUGUCUUUUAAUGUAAUUUAUUUGCUUAAUACUAAUCCAGAGAAAAGAAUAUUGAUCAAAGAUGAGAGGAUAAGAGGCAUGUGCAUAUAUUUCAAGUUGAUCAUUAGAUCUAUUGCAGUUUUAACUGCAUACUUAUUAUCAUGCAAGAUUCUUAUGCUGCAUGUUAUAGUAGAAAAAUGUAAUGAGUUAAUGCAAAUAAAGUAGCAUUUUAAUAAAAGAACUCAUUUCAAAGUCACACCACUUUCUUUGCGGUAAUAACUGCUGUCUCAGGCACUGCAACAAAAAUAUGCAUUCCAAGAUUAGUAUAUUUAUUCCCCCCUGAUUGUUCUAGAAUUCUAAGGCAAACUGUUCAAAGCGUAUUUCCCUAUUGCAAACUUAUAUUAAUAUAUUAGAAAUUCUAUUUCUUUAUAAUGCAUACUCUUCAAAGUUAAAUAUAAAUAAAAUAAAAAAAAACAAAUAUGUUUGAGUGAAAAGAUACCUUAAAUUUUCAUUUGGGAAGGCUAUGUGAGGUUAAUUGUGACAGUAUAUCACAAAGAUUGAUCUGCAUAUAGGCCUCAAACAGAAGCCUCUUUACCCACAAUUUGUUGCAUUACUUCUACUGGCUAAAGACUAGAGUUGAAUUCUUCAGUGGCUAAUCUGGCAGGUUACACUAAAACGCUGAAAUGUUGCAGUAGAUUUGACAAAUAAAUAUUGUACCACUUAAAACAUG